AUGUCAGGCUGUAUUGAUGGACCCACUUUUGUCGAACAAGUCCGACUCAUCUUUAUCGACAAGACCCAAAACCCCACUCACGUCGUAUGGGAAGGAUGUAUCUCAGCGUUCGGACCACUGAGUGGGAUAUUCGAAAGAUGGGUGGAAGAGAACCACCCAGGAAGUCCCGUAGGACAAUAUUCAUUCACCCUUGAUAGUUUGCAAGGUCAACCUUUGAGUGGUGACGAAACUUGCAAGGAACUUGACGUUCAUUCUGGUAGGAAGAUCUACGCUAUCGUCUGGCUUGGUUAG